AGGUGGGGGCGGGCCCAGGUAGCAGGUUCGGCUGCGCCCGGGCCGCGCGUCGGAGGUAAAUAUUAAGGCGGUGGGUGUGGGGCGCCGGAGCCGGACUGGGACGAGGGCUAGCGAGACUGGGGAAGGGGCGACGCCCCGCUGCCGGAGUUUCCCCCUUCCCAGGGUGAGGAUGGUUCUCUACAACAACCUGGAGUUGUUUAGUUGAAAGGUGUGCUCUGUCGAAACAAGGCAUUUUGCUUUGCUGUCUUUUUACAGCAUGGACACCAAAUUGCUAAAAACGUGCUUUGGGACUGCCAGUGAAUUUAUCUUUUGCGGUUUUACUACAAACUUAGUAGUUCCAUUUUUUUUGAGUUAAUAUUUUGGAGUUAAUGUCACAAUGAGUUCAGGCUUAUGGAGCCAAGAAAAAGUAACUUCACCCUACUGGGAAGAGCGGAAUUUUUAUUUGCUUCUUCAAGAAUGCAGUGUCACAGACAAACAAACACAAAAGCUCCUUAAGGUACCAAAGGGGAGUAUAGGACAGUAUAUCCAGGAUCGUUCUGUGGGGCACUCGAGGAUUCCUUCUGCAAAAGGCAAGAAAAAUCAGAUUGGAUUAAAAAUUUUAGAGCAACCACACGCAGUUCUCUUUGUUGAUGAAAAGGAUGUCGUAGAAAUAAAUGAAAAGUUCACAGAGUUGCUUUUGGCAAUUACCAAUUGUGAAGAGAGGUUCAGCCUGUUUAAGAACAGAAGCAGACUAAGUAAAGGCCUCCAGAUAGAUGUGGGCUGCCCUGUGAAAGUACAGCUGAGAUCUGGGGAAGAAAAAUUUCCUGGAGUUGUGCGCUUCAGAGGACCCUUAUUAGCAGAGAGGACAGUGUCGGGAAUAUUCUUUGGAGUAGAAUUACUGGAAGAAGGUCGUGGCCAAGGUUUCACUGAUGGGAUAUAUCAAGGGAAACAGCUUUUUCAGUGUGAUGAAGACUGUGGCGUAUUUGUUGCGUUGGACAAGCUAGAAAUCCUAGAAGAUGAUGACAAUGGAUUGGAAAGUGAUUUUGCAGGUCCAGGGGACACAAUGCAGAUGGAACUUCCCCCUCUGGAAAUAAACUCCAGAGUUUCUUUGAAGCUUGGAGAAACUAUAGAGUCUGGCACAGUUAUAUUCUGUGAUGUCUUGCCAGGAAAAGAAAGCUUAGGAUAUUUUGUUGGUGUGGACAUGGAUAAUCCUAUUGGCAAUUGGGAUGGCAGAUUUGAUGGAGUACAGCUUUGUAGUUUUGCAAGUGUUGAAAGUACAAUUCUCUUGCACAUCAAUGAUAUUAUCCCAGCUUUAUCAGAUAGCGUGACACAGGAAAGGAGGCCUCCCAAACUUGCCUUUAUGUCAAGAGGUGUUGGGGACAAAGUUUCAUCCAGUCAUAAUAAACCAAAGGCCACAGGAUCUACCUCAGACCCUGGAAAUAGAAACAGAUCUGAAUUCUUUUAUACUUUAAAUGGAUCUUCUGUUGACUCACAACCACAAUCCAAAUCAAAAAACACAUGGUACAUUGAUGAAGUUGCUGAGGACCCUGCAAAAUCGCUUACAGAGAUAUCUCCAGACUUUGGACACGCUUCACCACCACUGCAGCCUCCUUCUAUGAACUCAUUAUCCACCGAGAACAGAUUUCACUCUUUACCAUUCAGUCUGACAAAGAUGCCCAAUACCAAUGGAAGUAUUGGCCAUAGUCCACUCUCACUGUCAGUUCAGUCCGUGAUGGGAGAGCUAAACAAUGCACCUGUCCAGGAGAGUCCACCCUUGGCCAUGACUUCUGGGAACUCUCAUGGUCUGGAAGUGGGCUCUCUGGCUGAAGUUAAAGAGAAUCCUCCUUUCUAUGGGGUAAUCCGUUGGAUUGGUCAGCCGCCAGGACUCAACGAAGUGCUAGCUGGACUGGAACUGGAAGAUGAAUGUGCGGGCUGUACGGAUGGAACCUUCAGGGGCACUCGGUACUUCACCUGUGCCCUGAAGAAGGCGCUGUUUGUUAAAUUAAAGAGCUGCAGGCCCGACUCUAGGUUCGCGUCUCUGCAGCCAGUCUCCAAUCAGAUCGAGCGCUGUAACUCUCUAGCAUUUGGAGGCUACUUGAGUGAAGUAGUGGAAGAAAAUACCCCACCCAAAAUGGAAAAAGAAGGUUUAGAGAUAAUGAUUGGAAAGAAGAAGGGUAUCCAGGGUCAUUACAAUUCUUGUUACUUAGACUCAACCUUAUUCUGCUUGUUUGCUUUUAGUUCUGUUCUGGACACUGUGUUACUUAGACCUAAAGAAAAGAAUGAUGUAGAAUAUUAUAGUGAAACUCAGGAGCUACUGAGGACAGAAAUUGUUAAUCCUCUGAGAAUAUACGGAUAUGUGUGUGCAACAAAGAUUAUGAAACUGAGGAAAAUACUUGAAAAAGUUGAGGCUGCAUCAGGAUUUACCUCCGAAGAAAAAGAUCCUGAAGAAUUCUUGAAUAUCCUGUUUCAUCAUAUUUUAAGGGUAGAGCCAUUGUUAAAAAUAAGAUCAGCAGGUCAAAAAGUACAAGAUUGUUACUUCUAUCAAAUUUUUAUGGAAAAAAAUGAGAAAGUUGGAGUUCCUACAAUUCAGCAAUUAUUAGAAUGGUCUUUUAUCAACAGUAACCUGAAAUUUGCAGAGGCACCAUCAUGUCUGAUUAUUCAGAUGCCUCGAUUUGGAAAAGAUUUUAAACUGUUUAAAAAAAUUUUUCCUUCUCUGGAGUUAAAUAUAACAGAUUUACUUGAGGACACCCCCAGGCAGUGCCGGAUAUGUGGGGGGCUCGCCAUGUAUGAGUGUAGAGAGUGUUACGACGACCCUGACAUCUCCGCCGGAAACAUCAAGCAGUUCUGUAAAACCUGCAACACUCAAGUCCACCUUCACCCCAAGAGACUAAACCACAAAUAUAACCCGGUGUCACUUCCCAAAGAUUUACCUGACUGGGACUGGAGGCAGGGCUGCAUCCCCUGCCAGAAGAUGGAAUUGUUUGCUGUUCUCUGCAUAGAGACGAGCCACUAUGUCGCCUUUGUGAAGUACGGGAAGGACGACUCGGCCUGGCUCUUCUUUGACAGCAUGGCUGAUCGGGAUGGUGGCCAGAACGGCUUCAACAUUCCUCAAGUCACCCCGUGCCCAGAAGUGGGGGAGUACCUGAAAAUGUCUCCCGAGGACCUGCACUCUCUGGACUCCAGAAGGAUCCAAGGCUGUGCACGAAGACUUCUCUGUGACGCGUACAUGUGCAUGUACCAGAGCCCGACCAUGAGUCUGUACAAGUAAUGGGGCAUCUGGGCAGGGGCGGCGGCCGGAGGCACCGUGGUCCGCUCUCAUUUGCCCCGAGCUGCCGGUUUUGUUCCGCGUCCAUUGCCGGCAAUGGAUGUCUUUGUGGUGGUGACCCUGCCGAAAAGGAGUCCUGUGUUUAAAAAAACCCAUUGCUUUUGUGUUACCGAAGUAUUUAAUAAGAAGCAUUUUGCACUCUAGAAAGUAUGUUUGUGUUGGUUUUUUAAGAAGUCUAAAUGAAGUUAUUAACACCUGAAGCUUUAAGUUAAGUGCAUCGAUCCUACGAUAUUUUUGGAAGCAUAAAAUUUUAAUUGUGACAGUUUAAAACCUCUUUUAGUCCAUUGAGGAUGUAAAUAAAUGUGUCUUCUUUAUGGACCAAGGAUAUGAAAUCAUUUUUCCUUUUAGCUAUUGGUUGCCUUGAGGAAGAAAUAUGUUGGCUUUAUUCAGAGUCUGCUUUCAAACCAGUUAUGAUAAUUGUGCCGAGUUUGAUUUGUUAAUUCUCUCUUAUAUAAUGCUGCGUCCCGCAUGCACGCACCCUGCUGAGCUCCUGUGUCUCUGCCGUAGUGGCCAGAAGAGUACUUCCAUCCCUUUAAUGGUGGUGUUUUCUAUUUGUUCUGGUUUUGAGGCAUCUCAGUGAUUUUUGUCAUAAAACGUCUAUUUUUGAUGUAAUUUUCCUGGGGGAUUUGAAUAUAUAGCAGUUGAAGCUCUUCAUUCACACCAGUAACUGUCAGCUGAGAAGUUUGGUUGUUGUUGUCGAUGUUGUUUGGUUGUUGUUGUUAAGGCUCUCUAAGUAUUUUAUGGAACAGGGCACGGUGAAUUUUAUGAAAGGGUCGGGGUGAUAAAUAGAUUUCUACACAAAUAUAUUGCUCAUCAGAAAAUAAAAUUGAAUCUGGAAAACUCAUGAAAAUCUCCCUGAAGAGAUGUAUUGGCUUUCUAAACCUCUCCUGUUUUGAGGAGGACUGUCCGGAGCGUAAGCGAGGUCGGCCGGUCCGCUCACUGAAUCCGGCUUGAUUUUGCGGGAGGUCAUGGUAGUUACGGGUCCGAUACGUUACGGAAAUGUUUGCGGCAGCUUCGUCGUCCUCCUGGUGAAAUACUUAGAACAUGGAUGUGUUCUUAGCUCAUGUCCACAGCACGUGUCUAGAGCACAAGUGGAUGUUGUAGACUAGAACUGCAGAUUGUAAACGUCCGUGCCAUGGAACGUGCUGUGGUCUGUGUUUUCUCUGAGUGUCCUUUUGUGGUAUUGUUGUCCUUCUGGAAAGACUUCUUAACCACGCAGAAAGACAGAAGAGUUGUCAUGUGUAUCUAGCAUAUGACUUCCUAAAACAUUUAGUGUCAAAUGAAAGUAGAAAGAGUCUUUACAAACCCCGCAGUUAGUUUCUUUUAAGUCAUGUUUACCUUUGGUCCUGUCAUUCCAUUUUGCUAAUAUUUAUUAGCUUUAUAAAUUGUAGUAAGGUACAAAAACCCUUUCUUUCAUCUUGUAAUUUUUUCAUUUUUGAAAUGAAAAAGCACAUAAAUUUUGCAUGAGGUUUUGCUGAAUGCUUGAGUGGGGCUGGGAGGUGGGUACUGGGUCAGGGGUUGGGGGUGCGGAACCCAGGCCAAUGUGGCUGGCGCCACUCCUGUCCUCCUUGGGAAACAAGGGAGGGGCCUGGGGAGCACGAUAUCUGAGGUCUCCCCCGGCUCUGACCUUCUGCAAGACCGAUCACCCCUCAGUAAGGCGGUGUUGAGUGAAUAAAUGGAUGAAUGAGCUUAUCAAUGUGAUUUUAAAAAAAUUAUCUGGAGGAAUGACCAGGAAUCUCUGUCUAGGUAAGAAUGGAUUUAACACUUAAAAAAGAGAAAGUUCCUUUUCUUUGAAACAAAACACACGUUCAAGAAGGUCUGUCCUGCCCAGCCUCUUGUGGCAGAAGGCUUGAAGAAGACUCAUCUGUUUGCAUGCACGGGGUUUCCCCCAGGAUGUGGAGGCUCUUUCCUGGGGGAGGGGCCGCAUCCUUUAAUGAUUUCUAAGAUCUCCUUCAAGUGGAACCUUAUGUCCUUUCACUGUUACCUGGGGGAGGGAGCACUCAGUAAGGGGAAGCUGGGGCCAGGUGUGGUGUUCUCUGUGGAGGGGUGAGGCUCUUCCCCUGGCCCUGGAUGGUCCUUCUGGGUGGUCCCCUCCUCGUCCCUGUCUCAGUAGAGCCCAUGUGGCAAGUGGGCACUCUCCAUACAGGCACCUGUAUGUUACCUGUAUGGUGGCACCUGUAUGGCACCGGUGGCUCAUGUACCUGGUGAUUUAUUUAAUUUUUAGCCUUAAAUUUCCUUUAAUAUUUUCCUGUUGGCUUCUAAAAUGUUUUGGUUAUCCCUUUUUCCAAAUCCUAUCUAAAAUCUAGAUGGCAAUAGAGUAGAAUUAUUUAUAACAUGGUUUAUGCUUCAUAGCUACAAAUAGAAAAUGUAACAAGUCCUUUUCGCCCACCUCCCAACUAAAUUCACACUUGUGUGUGUGUGUGUGUGUGUGUGUGGUGUGUGUGUGUGUGCGUGCGCGCGUGCGCGCAUGUGUUGCAGGCUUAAGGGGGAAGAGAGAGAGAUGGAGGGGGGGGGAGGGAGAGGAACCCUGUCGUGAGGUAGAGGCUAAGUGUGUUUGUCCCUCACAAGCAGCUUUAUAAAGGAGUUACAGUUUGACUCCAUCCCUGAAAGAAUGUUUUGUAAGACUGAGAAAACACAUGGAAAGCCAAGAGAAACAGUAACAGAAGUCAGUGACAUAUAGUUGUUAGAAUUGCUAAGGAUGACCUCCUUAGAAUAGUUUAGGAUUUUUGUAAUUCAUAUUUGCCAAAGCAUCGUAGGUGAAUGGCUUCUUUCUGUCCCUUGGAUUCAUUUAUUUUUUCACCUAACCCAUAAUUCAGUAACAAGAGAAAGGCAUGGUAAUUAAUCUUAUGCAACUUGUAUCGUCAUGCCGAGUCCUGUUGUUUGAACUUGGCGUCUUCUUAAGUUCAGGCUUUACUCCCCCCAGCCAACUAGAUUAAGCUGCACCUGCUCGGCCAGUCGGAGACAGAGAGGUGAGCCGAGAAUACAGCAUUAGGCCUUAGCUAAGCAGCUGCCCGCCAGUGAGUACUUAGUGGACGUUUAUUACUGAGAACUGUGCCAGAAGGGAUAGGAGACAACAUCCUUGCCUUCGAACAGCUUAGCGCCUACUUCUGACCACAAGGUUCCUACUCCUGGUCAGUGUAAGGACACUAGGUCUGGGACUCAGUAACAGAUCUGGGUCCACCCCUUUCUCUGGCUCUUGCUCUGUUAGCUUUAGAUGACUGCUUCCCUGCUUUGGACCUUCAUGUCCUCUGUAUAACAACGGGGUUGGACUAUCACAUUUUAUGGAAAAAAAUACAAACUUCUGGGUCCCAGGCCACACCCGCUGGAUCAGACUCUUCAGGAGUGGCGUCUAGGGGGGCUGUGAGUAAAAGGCUCCACCAGGUGAGCCCGAUGACCAGCCAGAUUUGAAAACUACUGAGCUAAAAGAUCUCAAAAAUAGCUUUUAUGUGGCUGUGUGGUUGUGUAAUGUUAUGGCAUUUAUUAUUUUACAUAAAUGUGGGUAAUUAGAUUUUUAUCACAUUGUUUAUCUGUGUUUACGUAUGAAUUUAUAUAAGAAAUACAUUUGAGUAUAUAUAUACCUCAACCUACUGUUUCCUAGAGGUGUUAGCAGUCUUUGGAACACACACACAUCUUAAGGGGAUAUUUGAUAUUAUUUACCUGGACGUUUGUCUUCCAUUUUAUUUCUUUAGGGGAAACUGAGGCUCUCUGUGGGUACCAAAGAAAUGGAAAAACAAAACUCUUGUGCAAAAUUAAAACAUUAUUUCGUAUUAUCUGUGACUUGAUGAAAAUUUGAACGUCAAAUGAGAAGAUUUUUUGUCUGGGGUAAAAGUCCUCUUAUCAUGAAGCAAAAUGUCCGUGUUAAAGUAGGUGGAGUAUAAUGUUUCAAAUUAAAAAUAAGAUCUCCUUCCCUGGGAGUUAGUGAUGUUAACAGCACACCCACAGUUCCCCGUCAAUGAAAAUAAUACUUGAGUCCCCCAAGGCAUGCUGGGGGCGUGGAGGAGGAGAGUGUAUUCAAAUGGAAACCAGUGUGCCCACGGGAGGGUGGAGGCUGGAGGACGACGGAAGGUAACCCCCUCCAAGCCCAUGUGGUGCAUGGGGCCCCACGAGAAGGCAAGGCCUGGUCUCUGUGUGCCUCCUGCGGUCUUUGUCACUUGUCAGAGACUAGGCUUGUCUAGGGAGAGGCUCCCUGUAGGGGAUUUCCCUUGCACUUGUCUGUGCUCCUUCCAAAAGUCUCACUGGAGAGAAAAGAGAAGCUUCAUCUUACUGUACAUCCUGAGGCAGCAGCAGGGUCUCUCUUGAGUCAGGGAGCAGUGCUGCACAGCCGGCCAGCAAACGUGGUGGAAGGCAGGGGAAGGAAAUGCGGGGGGAGGGGGGAGCCAUUCCUUCUCCCUGAUGCUGGUCAACGCCGGCAUUUGUGGGCGGUCACUCCGGAGCCCAGCUUGAUUUCCUGACCCUCAGGUUGGACCAUGUUCAUUUGCUCACAUGUCAGAGUCUCUCAUUUGCUCACAGACGCUGGGGGGAGGGUUGGGGUGGGCAGAGGCCAGUGACGGGGGUGGGUGCUCCUCCCAGGGACCACACGCCUCCCCUCUCUCUUGCAGUCCUAAACACUGUCUGCUCCUGUUUUGUGCUUUUUUCUGGAGAGAUUAUGUUGGAGACUCCACCGUCCUUGGUUUUGUUUUACGAAAUUGCCUAUAGUACUGUCGAAUUUUAACUCCAGAGUGUCCAAUGUCCUGUCACAAACAUUCACUUUUUUUUUUUUCCAAUCCCAUUUGAAACUUCCCAGGGAAGUUGUGGUUAUUCAUAAAUUGGUGUAAAGGAGCACAUUUUGUACUGCAUUUCGCAUAUCUGUUGUCUUGUUCAGCAUUUUUUUUUUUUUUUUGGUCUAAAGAACAUGCUGUAUUUAUGAAGAUAUUCUUUAAAAAAUAACACCCCAUAAAAUAACCCUUUACUAUCAGAUUGCUCUGAUUUAGCCUUAAUUUUGUUAAAUUUUUUAGAGAUGAAUGAAGUGCUGCUGUGGAAAGAAAUGUACUAUAUAUUAUUUCUGUAUCAUUAAAAUUAAAUUUUUAUGGUUC